UUCCCGCCCUUUUCCUGUGCUCUCUUCACUCCGCCCAGGGUUCCAAGCUCUCGUCAAAUCAAAUGGCUUCCUCAUCGCCGGCGCCUUCCCGCGAAAAGCGGCCAUCCGCCGCCGUCAACGGAGGGGGCGACGCCGGAGGCCCGAAACCGAUGGAACGCUCGAAGAAGACGGUGGUGCUGAGGAACAAGGGACCUGAGCUCUUCGAGGUGGAGGAGGCGGCGGCCAGGCUGUCGGUGAUCCUCGGCCACCAGAUCGAUAACGGUUACGAUCCUAUCUUCGCUGACAUGCAGAGCUCGAUCCUGACGAAGAUCAUAGAGUACUGCAACAAGCACUCCCCCUCGGCGCCUUCGACCAAAGAGGAGCUCGACGAGUGGGACUCUGAGUUUGCCGGCUCCUUCGAUUUCGAAACACUUCUCCAUCUCGUCGAGGCUGCAAAUUAUCUCAGCAUUAAAGGAUUGUUUGAUUUGGUCUGUAAAACCAUAGCUGGUAAGAUAGAGGACAAAUCUGUUGAUGUAAUUCGCACCAUGUUCAACAUUAAGAAUGACUUCACACUUGAGGAAGAGAAAAAGCUUCGUGAGGAGUGCUACCUUUACAAGUAAACUGACUAUGAUUUUGCAGUGGCAUCCGGUAAAACAACCUUCAGACUCAAAUUUGUAGUGUAAUAUUGGUUGUGUUGAAAACACGGUUAAGGCUGCAGUAAGAUUUGUUGCUAUAUACAAACCACUAAGUAGGACCUGGUGUUUCUUUAAUUCAGAUUUUAGAGUUGUAUCCUGAGAUAGCAGAAUACUAUGAUUCUUGCUUUGGAGGAGUUGAAUGAAUUUAGAGAGCUACAUUGCAUGA